AUGACAUCGCCGACUUCAUCUUCGAAUAUGAAUUCAACUCUUCAAUGUGCCAUUAAGAUCGAGCAGUUAAAUUCUUAUGUUCUGGAUUUUUCAUCGGAAAAUAUUUCAUUUACAAAAGCACUUGCCGAUGGUAUUAAUCUUCAAGCGGAACAAUAUUAUCUCAAACGCUCCAAAGCAAGCGUUAACAUUCGUCAUGCCGAAAUCAAUGCUAAAGGCUUUGGUCCAACGUCAUUACUGGUGAAAAUGUUCGCUCAAAUCGUACACGAUGAUAAAAAAUCUGAAGAAUGUUUGAAAGAAAAUCCUGAUUUAAUGACGGAACAAAAUCUUAAAACUUUACUCGAUUGGUGUUUGAGCGAAGAGAUUGACAACAACUUUUCUUCGAUGGAAAACACUCUGAACCAAGCAACAAUCAUGAAAUCGAUUUUAUAUUUGAUCAAUACAACGAAAAAUGAAAGAAUACAAUGCAUCGAAUUAUUUUUUUUCCGAUUAUCGUCAAGUCCAUUUCAUAAAAAUGAUUUCGAACGUGAAUAUAAAAUUUUACACGAAAAAAUCCGUAGUCGUGCACUUGAAAUUAGUCAGAAGUUUUCCGAUGAAGACGAAGAAGAAAAACGUCUCAUAGAACAAGGUUACGCUCAAAAUCUCAUUUUAAAAUCCUUACCCAAGGAUUUGAAACAUGCUGUGACAACACGCGAUCUUCAAAGAUUCAAAUCUGUUCUCAUGCAAAUGCCGGAAGAUGAAUGUGAGAAAUGUAUCAAGAGAUGUUUGAAGUGUGGCAUUUUAAGAAAAGAAAAUGAAUUUCAAUAGACUGUUUUAUUUUUAUGUAAUCUUACGGCUUGAAAAACAAACGAAAUACAAAAUUCUCGUCGUUUUUCAAAGCUUUUCCAACAGAAGUAAUUAAACCAUUGAUGAAUAAAAGAAAAAAAGGGACAACAUUUUGAACUUAUUCUUUUCGCUUCGAUAAAGAUCGAUAAAUUAUUCAAUGUGCUCAUUUCAAACACUUUGAUCACUCAUUGGAGAAAGAAUUCUGAAAUCAAAAACAUCAGUAACACGUACUUUGAUUCUUUAGAUAGAUUCUUCCCGUAAAAACAAAACAUUUGAAUAAAGAAAGAACACUGUUGAAGAUAUUUCAAUUAGUUGGAACGUUUUGUCUCAACUUCGAUCUCAAAACAGAGAGAGAAAAAAUAGAUUUAUUUAAAAUGAAAUAAAACUACAUGGUUGAUUUGUUUUCUUUUCAUUUGUAUUAUUUUUUUCUAUCUGUUUUUAAACUACCAAUCUAUAAACAUACUUCUACUUUACAAAAACGUAUCUGAUACAUGGUAAAAUUUCAUUUUUAUAAAACUGGUGCAGAAAAGCAUUCGUUUUUCAGUUUCUUUGAAUCGCAGUUAGCAUGAAAAGUUGAUUUAAUCUUCUUUCUAACAGAAACUGCUAGAAAAUCAACAGAGAUGUCCAUCGCGGUUGAAAAUCAGCCGCUGCCGCGCCGCUGAGGUUUCCAAAAAAUUUGAACCGCGCCGCGCCGCGCCGCGGAGGUCUCACAAAAAUUUGAACCGCGCCGCGCCGC